GAAGUUAAAAGAAAAGUGCGCAAGUUUAGGCAGCUUCGAAGUCAAAGCGUCUACAUUUUAGAUGUAACAAUGUAUCCCGUUCAAAGCAUGCGUAAGUUUGUCUGUGAUCGACUAACAGCAGCUGCCCAAGAAAUACUGGGAGCGUUUGAAAAGAGAGUAGAAGAGUACGAGUCAGAAAUCGCACGUCAACGCAGGCUGCUGGAUACGGUGUUCACACCGGAGAUAAAGUUGCAGGAUAAAGAUCUUGCAAAUACUUCUUUGAGUCAGCAGCAGAGUGACUCCACUGUUCAGCCUGAUAUUACACGGAUUAAAGAUGAGCAUGAGGAAAUGUGCAUCAGUCAGGAACGACAGCAGCUCAAACAGCAGCAGGCACCUGCUGCUCCUAAGGUGACUCCAGCUUCAACUGAUCAAAGUGUCCACAGUGAUCAGUCUCAGCCUUCAGGUUCUGACCAAACGAAUCCUGCUGCAAGUAAUGAUCCCAAACCCAGUGUCCCUAAUGAAGAGGAACGUGACAGAGAGAGUUCUCCAGUACCACCUCCAGAUGAUGACAACCACUUCUUCUGUCACAACUCAGAUGAAGGGGAGAGUCAAGCUGACAUAACUUGUAACUAUGGAAGUGAAACACCAACAAGAGGCGAUACGGACACAUCAUCAGCUAUUACAGCAGCGCAGCCGUUAGAUAAGGAAAACAAUGAUGUGGGCAGCACAGCAAACAGUGGUACAGAGGAAGGACAGGUGUGUACCAAUGAGAGCAAUGAGCCAGCAUCAGAUAGAAGUUGUAACAUUGAAAACACAUCAUCAACCAGUAAUUCUGAGUUAACACCUACUGUAAGAUGUAAUAGUGAGACCACAUCAGCUAUGAGUACUGAGCCAACACCGAACAAGAAACAUAUAGAUGGGAAUGAAACGUCAACGUCAACUGCAACUGCUGGCCUAACGACUAACACAAAACAAAGUGGUGACUACACAACAUCUACAAAAAGCACUGAACAAACACUAACAAAGAGCCCAACAGAAACUAGAUGCCCCGAUGUAACGCCACAUGAGAAACACGAUCAAGCGAGCCCCCCGUUAAAAGGGAAUGGUGAGCCAGCGGCAAAUAAGUCAAGUCACGAUGGGGAAUCAAGCUCAUCUGUCAGCCUAUAUGAAAAAAGCAGUGGUAAGAAAACAUCAGCUACAAGUGAUAAGUAUGCAUCUAGAAAGAAACACAGCAAGAAAAAAACAAGCAGAAGUACUGAUUUAGCUGCAAGUAGGAAACUCAAAGUUGGAAAAAUGUCAUCAAAUACAACUCCUCAGUUAAUGCCAAAUGAGAAGCAUAAAGACUGGGACGCAAAUGAUGUCACUGAGCCUUCACCAGACUUUACAUGUCACGACAUAUCAAUGGAAAGUACUGAGCCAAUUCAAAAUAAGACUAGUGACCAUGAACAGGUAGCAUCAAAUGAAAGUCCAGUUCAGGCAGAACCCACUGAGGGGAACACAUCCUCAAUUUCAAGUCCUGACCUAGCACAAAAGAAGCAGAGUGAAGGAAAACUAGCUUCUCCUUCAAACACUGAAAUGGCACAAAGUAAGAAUUCUAACAGUGACGAAGCCACAUUGGCCGAAAGUACAGAAACAUCGCCAAAUAAGAUGCCUGGUGAUGAGACUACAAGUACUACGUCAACCUCAAGUAGGAAACUUACACAUCAGAGAACAUUAUCAACCAGAAGCAGGGAUUUAACAAAACAAAAGAAGCAUAGACAUAGAGACGCAAAGUCUUCAAGUAGUAAGGAAGCAGCACUGCUGAAAAGACAAAAUGAUGGGAGCGCAACAUCAGGAGGAAGCACCGACCCAACACAACGGAAAAGACAUAAGGAUCAGAGUGGGGAAUCCACCCAAACUACAGAGGCAAGACACAGUAAGAGAAACAACAAUGGGAGCAAAAAAUCAAGUGGAAGUACUGAUCCAACACAAAAGAAGAGACAUAGGGAAAGUGAAAAACGCUUAAAAGCAUCAAGCCAGAAUGAUGGUGGUAAUGCCAAAGAUGAGGAAAAUCCUUACAAGUGUGACCGGUGUGGCAAAGUGAUGUCCAACUUCAAAAACUACAAAUUUCAUAUGAAGAGCCACACAGUUGAGAAGACGUUCAAAUGUGAGACUUGUGGCAAGAUGUUCCGGGAAAGUUGGGAUUUAAAUAAACAUUUAGUGAUUCAUUCAGCCGAGAAACCCUUCAAGUGCGACGUCUGUGGAAACGGGUUCAACCGACGUUAUAAUCUCGACCUGCACGCCAGGGUUCACACUGGGGAAAAGCCUUACAAAUGUAGCACCUGCGGGAAAAGCUUCAGCGCCUGUGUGAACAUGAAGAAGCACAUGCGAAUCCACACCGGUGAGAAGCCUUACACUUGCAACGAGUGCGGUAAAGAGUUUGCGGAUUCUUCUGCUUUCAAGAAUCAUUUGCGAGUGCACACGGGGGAAAGGCCCUUCAAGUGUACCUACUGCAAGAAAAAAUUUGCUACCAACACGACUUUGAAAAGGCACACCAGAACACAUACAGGUGAAAGACCGUAUAAAUGCACCGUGUGUGAUAAGGCGUUCAGUCACAAAACCGACCUGAAAGGACACAUGAGGAUGCACACUGGCGAGAAGCCCUACAAAUGCACUAGUUGUGGGGAACAGUUCUCCACCUGGUUAAAACUUCAUAAGCAUAAAGAGCGUGCACAUGCAAGCGAAUCAGAAAAACCCGCCAAAUAACUGGUCGUACCAAAUGAAUUAACUUGUUUUUGCUUUUCGUUUUCUUGUGAUUUACUUCAUAGUUUUGAAUUUUUUGGACAUUCCAGGUGUUGAGGUCAAACAGGGUUCUUUAUUGUGUAUUUUUCUGGUACUAGUGAGAAGUUAAAAAUCAAUUCAGGAAGGU